GGUCAGCACCCCCCAAAGCUGUGAGACCCGGAUACACCGAAAGCACGCGCAUGGAGCGGGUCUGCAAGGACAGCGUCGGGAUGACCAGCGUCCCGGGCAGCUCCAUGGACUCGGCGGAGCCUCUGAACUACCACGCGGCGGCGCGGCAGGGCCGCCAGGCCGAGUACGGGGAGCGCUGGGGCGAGGGCGCGGCCCGGUACUUCAGCAUCGAGGCGGACUUCCUGGACGAGGACCAGAGCAUCCGGCUGAUGCCAGUGCCCGAAAGUUUCUUCUGUCCGAUCUCUGCCACCAUCAUGUCGGAUCCCGUCGCGACCGUUGAUGGCUGUGCGUACGAGCGGGACUACAUUGAGAGGUGGUUCCGAGAGAGACGACAGGCCCACCAGUCGAUUACUUCGCCGACAACAGGCUUGCCACUUCCCUCGACCACGUUGAUGCCCUUGCUUGCGCUGCAACGUGCCAUUGAGGCCUACUUGGCGCAUCGACCUGAGCUCAGGAGAGACCACAUGGCUGGGCGGUCCUUCGAGGAAGCGGCGCAGGUGCUGCAGACUGACCUGUUGGAGAAGCAAGCCAUGAACACCAACAUGGGCGAUGAAGUUCGAAGGCUACGAGAAGCCAACAAGGCGCUGGUGCGGCAGUUGCGGCAGAGCGAGUCGGACCGCGCCAAGCUGCUGCAGCAGCUGCAGCAGGCCAGAUGGCAGCUGGGCAUUGCGGAGGAGCCCACAUUCGCGGAGCUUCCCGAUGGCGCCCUACAGCCCAGCAGCAGCGACGAGAGUACCGCCUUUGCCUCUGCUGCAGAGGCAGAGGCAGAUCUCUCGCGAUUGCAGCUGCAGCUCGCCAGAACUGAGGCGCAGGCGCAGGCUUCGGCCUCCGAGACUCGCAGGGAUGGCUCGCGCAAGUCGGCCAGCCGCCGGGGGCCUUUCUUCCUCGCGCUGGCGGCUGUGCUUGCAGCCAUGGCAGGCAGCGUCCAUGUGGCCAAGGGCCGUGCCAAAGCGCCCCCAGGCCUGGAGCCCAUGGAGCUGGAAGCGAACCUGAGUCCAGAAGCGACGCAGGUGCAGGUGGCAGAGAUGAGCCUCAUAGCUUCAGACUUCAGGCCUCGCAAGUUCGGUCGGGGCAUUCCCGAGCUCAUCCGCUGUGUGGAGCAGCUGCGGAGCCGCAGCCUGGAGGAGCGCCACGAUGCGGUCAUGAGCUUGAUGGCUACGGCCCGCGAGGGAAAGGACAUGCGCAAGGCCAUUCUGCAGGCCGGCGCUGUGCUCCCUUUGGUGGAGCUGCUACGCGAGAGGUCUCCCGCCUUGCAGGAGGCGGCGGCAGCCGCCCUGGGAGCCUUAUGCGCGGACGGGGACCAGGCGCAGGCCACACUGCUCCGAGCGGGCGCUGUGCCGGCACUGGUGAGGUUGCUUGCUUCGGACUCCUCGGUGCCCACCCGCGCCGCGGCGUCGGCGGUGCGGAACUUGGCGGCCAACCACAACGCCGCGCAGCUGGCCAUCGCCCAGGCGGGUGCCAUCACCCCGCUGAUUCGGCUCCUCGCUCAUUCUGACCGCGGUGUCCAAGCCCAGGCGGCGAGCGCCUUGGGGAAUUUGGCCGGCGACAGCUCGGAGAACCACUUCGACAAGCAGGUGAUGAUCUCGCAGGCGGGGGCCGUGGAGCCACUGGUGCAGCUGCUGCAGAGUGGCGCGGCGGAGGUGCGUGAAGCCGGCGCCUCGGCGCUGCGGAUGUUGGUCACCAACAACGCGGACAACCAGGUUGCAGUGGCCCACGGCGGCGCGAUUCGGCCCCUGGUGAAGCUUCUACGCGACGAAGCGCCCUCGGUGCGCGAGGAAGCUGCCGCCGCCCUUGGGAACUUGGUCUUCUUCAACGACGAGACCAACUCGGGGAACCAGGCGGCCAUCGCAGAGGCGGGGGCGGUGCCGCAUCUGGCGGCGCUGCUCUUGGACGCCAAGGGCCAGGUGGCGGAGACGGCGGCGGGGGCGCUGCGGAACCUGGCGGCGCAGAAUGCCAACAACCAGGAGGCGAUCUGCCGGGAGGCGCUGCCCAGCUUGGUCCGGCUGCUGAGAGACCCGCACUCCUCCCAAACGCAGGUGGAGGCCGCUGGUGCCAUUCACAACCUUGCCGCUGGCAACGCCAAGACCCAGCAGCUGAUUGUGGAGGCGGGUGCGCUGGAGCCGCUGGUGGCGUUGCUGAAAGGGGAGGCGCCGCGCAUGAGAGAGAUCGCUGCUGGGGCGCUUUGGGCACUCGCAAGGGACAAUCCAGAGCUUCAAAGCGCCAUUGAUCGAUCCGGCACCAUUCAAGCGGAAUUGUCGAAGCACGGAUCAUGAAUGUGAGA